AUGACUGCUUCCGAUACAUCGUCUUGUCCGGACUGCCAUUCACGUACUGUACGUUGGCGGAACACUUUGUCCGGCUUGCUUUAUGCGAUAUUCUGUUUUCCAUGUGGGAUCUAUUGCUGUCUUAAACGACGACAACAGCACUGCUCACAGUGCGAUUGUGAUGUAAUCAAGUGCUCUCGUGGGGCGGCAGUGACCUUCCCUCGGCUACUCUUACCGUGGAUACGACACGAUGGAGAAAGGAAUACCGGCGUCAUUGGCCGUCGCCUACAGAAAUACCGCCUAUACGGGCAGUUCCCAUUCUUCGACUGGAAUUCCUGA